AGACCGGAAGUUUAGCCGGUUGCUGUUGGUGAAUGGUGACAGCGUCUCAUCAUACCAAAAUAAUUUUCCCCUUACAGUGUUAACCCAGUCUCCCCUUUCCCUUGCCCAUGGCGUCGAACUCUAACAUGGAUAUAGAGGGUGCCACCCAGCACCUCCGGGACAUCCUGAAGCUCGACAGAGCCGGGAGCAGCGCCGACGCUCAGCCGGGUGACGGUCAGAGAAAACUCUCCUUUAAUGGAGAGCUGAACGGUUUGCUGGGAACGGGCCUGCUAGGAAGCACCGAUCGGCCAUCCAUGUCAGAAUCUACCAGACCCAUCUCCACGGACAUAAGCAGCAUUCAGGAGAGCCAGAGGAUCUGCCUUAAUGGUGACAACGGAACCACCUGCAUUCCCAUCACCUCCAGCAACGUGGAGAUCGUGGCGAGUCAGGACUCCAGCAUCAACAGCAAGGCGCGAGGGAGCAACCAGGUCAAGAUUCAGACUGUCGCCAAAUACGACUGGGAGCACAAGUAUUACUACGGCAGGCUGAUAGCCGUGUCCAACUCCUUUGUGGCUUAUGCCAUUAAAGGAGCCAAUAACCACGCCAUGAUUCGGGUUCUGAGUUUGGACUUUAACGAGCGCACCCUGCUGAAGGGGUUCAGGGGAGCCGUCGCAGAUCUGGCUUUUGCCCACCUCGACUCAUCUCUGCUGGGCUGCGUUGACGAGGCGGGAAACCUGAUGGUUUGGCAGCUCACUUUCACCGGCAACAAAAUCCUAGAUCAGAUAGUGGUUGAUGUCCAACGGCCAGAGGACACCCCGCUGAACUCCCACCGCCGCCUCGUGUGGUGUCCGUUCAUCCUGGAUGACAACGAGGAGAACCAGGACGACAUCAGCCAGACUCUGGCCCUCCUGCAUGACGACAGGGCCGAAGUUUGGGAUCUGGAGAUCUUGAGAGCCAACAACAGCAGCUGGCCUGUUGAUGUCACUGAGCUCAAAGAAGGUCUCAUCACAAUCAAGGGUCACACCAAGCGAGUCAGCGAAGGAGCAUUGUCUCCUGAUGGAACGGUGUUGGCCACGGCCAGCCAUGAUGGGUUCAUCAAGUUCUGGCAGAUCUACAUAGAAGGUGGACAGGACAAGCCCAGAUGUCUUCAUGAACUGCGGCCUCACGGAGGACGUCCUCUGUCCUGCCUUCUGUUCUGUGACAACCACAAGAGGCAGGAUCCAGAAGUUCCUUUCUGGAGGUUUCUCAUAACCGGAGCAGACCAGAACCAGGAGCUGAAAUUGUGGUGCACCGUUUCCUGGACCUGUUUACAAUCAAUCAGGUUCUCUCCGGAUCCGUUGACCUCAUUGGUUCUGCCAAGUCUCAAGGCCAGUUUGGAUCUUUCUGCUGAAUAUCUGAUUCUCACAGAUGUGCAGAGAAAGGUUCUGUACGUGAUGGAGCUGCGACAGGAUCUGGAGAGGGGAAAAGCAAGUUUCACGGCGGUGUCGGAGUUCCUGCUCACCCACCCUGUGCUCAGCUUCGGGGUCCGGGACGUCACCCACUGCCGACUGCGGCACACCGAGGUCCUCCCUGCAGAGGAGGAAAGCGAGAGCAUGUCAGCAGAGGGCACCCAAGGACCCACAGAGUCCAAAUCUGGGAUCCAGAUUAAGCUCUACUGUGUUCACACCAAGAGUUUGCAGGAUGUCCAGAUCUGGUUUCAGCCUAACUUGGGUUCCAACUCGGCAGGAUUUCUUUCGCACUCUGAUUCCCACGAUGGUUUGGCAUUUUCAGAUCACCUCACGGAUCAGAGCUCUGAUAAAGAAUCCAGAAGUGGCUCGCAGACGGACCUCAGGAAAAUCCCGCCGCUUCCCGCUCCUUCUGACUUCCUGUCUAACUCAGCGGCUGGCAGCGGAGCGAUGCCCAAGCUAAUGACUCCAGAUGCCUUCAUGACACCGAGCACUUCGGUCCCGGCGUCUCCUGGCAGCAGCGCUAGCAGCCUGACCAUUGUGACCGCCAUUAGCAGCAACUCAGACUCCACCAACAGAGCAUUGGACGACGUCAGUCAGAGUCCCAGCAGAGGAGACAACAACAGCAGCAGCAGCUUGGGACACUCGGCCUCCACCAGCAGCCCCAGAGCUGCUUCUGCAGUUCUGCUCCCCGGACUGGAAAGCCUGCCGCCGUUGGGUUCUCCUACGGGUCCUCUGGCUCUCGACAGCCCUCAGAUCCUAGAUUCUCCCCUCCUGCCACCCUUGGCCUCUCCAACCAGAGCCCGCUCCCCAGACGUCAUCUCCUCGGCCUCCACAGCUCUGUCCCAGGACAUGCCGGAGAUCGCCUCGCAGACCCUGCAGCUCCAGAGGGGCCAUGUGUCCGGACUGGAGACUCUGCCUCUCUCCGCCCUUCAAACGGACAGCAUGGCUUCUGCCGCUUCUGCUCUGCAUCUGCUGACCUCACCACGCACAGCUGGCAACAACGGUUUGUUGCCCCUUGAACUUGGAGGAGUAGACGUGCCGGUGAGCGGGACAGCAGAGUCUGAGUCCAGGCUCAGCAACCAGCCGUCUCUUCUGGAGAACGCUCUGUCUCAGGAGAACCCCGGGGCUGUGGGGGGUUCCUCAGACGGUAACGUCAGCCACACGCCGUGGCCAGCUGCCCCGGACAUCACCAGAGAAACCAGGAACAGUCUCAGGGACAACGGGCUGGUGGACUGCUCGAGGGAGGAGUCGCAGGAGAGACACCUGAGCUCACCUUACCACCGACGCUCCUAUCACCUGACGCACAGCGACAGCCAGGACGCUGCCGCCGAGCAGAGUGACCCUGAUGACGAGAUCUCCAGUCUGGCUUCGUCCUCUGGGAACUGUGGCUCCCGCUCGUCUCACAGAAUAGCGGUCAAAGAGUGGAAGACCUCACCCCGAGGCUCACCCAAACUCAAGAGGAAGAUGAAGAAAGAUGAUGGUGAAUUCUGUCAGUCCAGACACAUGGAUCCUGCUCAGUUUAAUACAGAAACUCAGGAUGAGUUGUUGAUGCUGCUGCGCACCCAGCAGAGGGAGUUAGCGGAACUGUCGGCCCUGAUCGAGACCAUGCCGGGUACCAUCAUGGCUCAGGUGGAGCAUUUGCUGCUAAAACACCAGGAACAAGAACACCGCAGACUGGAUCGAGUUCUGGCAGAGAGUCAGAACCACCAGCAGCGGCUUCAGGAGCAGCUCAGCCAGCAGCUCAGCCACGCUCUCAGCUCGGCGCUGACAAACCGGAUGGACAAAGUUCUACGAGAGGAGCUGAAGAAAACCGUCCCACCAACCAUCUCCAAAAGUCUUGAACCUGUCACGGGUCAACUGAACAACACGAUAGCUGCUAAACUGACUGCUGUGGAGGUCACCCUGAAAGAUAACGUGAUCAAGGUGGUCAAAUCCAAGAACCUAACGGAUUCGAUCGGUCGAGCAGCAGCCGAAGCAAUACAGGGACCCAUCCAAAUGGCUUACAAAGACGCUUUCCAGAGCACGGUCCUGCCCGUCUUUGAAAGAGGCUGCCAGACCAUGUUUCAGCAGAUCAACGACAGCUUCAAACAAGGCACGCACGAAUACAUCCAGCAGCUCGAUACUCACAUGAAGAACAGGAAGCAGAGAGAGCAGGACGCACGGGACCCCGUGGUCGGGCAGCUCCAGCAGAUGAUCGACAGCUUUCAAAGCUCCACUGAUCAGCUGACCAGCAACAUCACAGCCACCGUCCGAGCCGAGGUCCAGCACCAGAUGCAGAUGAUGGUGGGAAAUCUGCAGGAGUCCAUUCUCAGCCACGUGCAGCGGAUCGUCAAAGGGGAGGUGAGCCAGGCCAUGAAGGAGCAGCAGGCGGUGGUCACCUCCAGCAUCAUGCAGGCCAUGAGGUCUGCAGCUGGAACCCCCGUCCCCACGGCGCACCUCGACUACCAGACCCAGCAGGCCAACAUCCUGCAGUUCCUCCAGCAGGGCCAGCUCAACCAGGCCUUCCAGCAGGCUCUGUCGGCGGCUGACCUGAACCUGGUCCUGUACGCGUGCGAGACCAUCGACUCGCAGCAGGUCUUUGGUCAGACGCCCUGCCCUCUCAGCCAGCCGGUGCUGCUCUCACUCAUCCAGCAGCUCUCCUCCAACCUCUCCACUCACUCCGAGCUCAAAAUCAGCUACCUGGAGGACGCUGUGAUGAACCUGGACCACAGCGACCCCCUGACCAGAGACCACAUGUCCUCCGUGUUGACCCAGGUCAGACCGAAGCUCCUGGCCUUCCUGCAGCAGGACUCCCACAGUCCGCUCGGCAAGAGGGCGCGCCGCCUGCUGAUGAUGCUGCAGGGACUCGUCAGCCACUAGUCCUGCCAAGACCGCCGGACCUCCAAGAACGUUUCAGAGGACGGAACCAUCGCGGACCGCUUUGACCACAUUCUGGGAUCCAAGCUCCACCCGGUUACAUUCACUCCUGUGGUUCGUUCACGUUCAGCCGAUGUUGAUAAUCAGACGUGUUCAUUAUUUUUUAUUUGUGCGGGAUGAGAACGGUUCCUUCGUUCCUGCUCCUUUGGACACUCCGUCUGAAAAAGGCUUCAAGAGCGCUCAGCCGAACGUGGCUCUUCCUUUUUGUUUUUUCUCGAAACGCCGCCUCGUGUCUCGGCCUUAAGAGCAAACAGUUUUCUUCUUUCACCAGACAGGAACCAACAGAAUCAAACCUGGCAACCAAAAGUAUGUGGAGAUCCAACGUCUGUGUCUCCUGCACAUCUGUAGGCUGGAGGCAGCCAUCGCUGGAGUGACUGAAAGAAACAACCGAGGACGACAAAGUUUUCACAUUAGUUUUAUUUUUGACUGGCCUUGUUUUUAGACCUGAUUCUACUGGAGGAUUAAAAAAGACUCGACACGAUAACACUUUUUUUUGGAUGUUUCUUAACGUCUGAACUCAGCUGGCAGCCGUCCACACGAGCAGCUCACCUGCGUCUACAUGUAAUCUCCUUUUUAUAUUUGACCUAAAAAAAUCAUUUAGCAUUUGUAAGCCAUGUAUACUUGCUUUAAAGUUGUAAAAGUAGAUGAAUGAUA